CAUAAAUCACACAACUUAACGACAGUUGAAACACUCGGUUCUCCACAAAUGCUAAUUAAAAAAGGGAGCCAGUCUCGUUUUUGUUCAACAUUUUUCUUUAUCAAAAUACAUUUAAAUGGAUUUGUUCCUGUCAGCUGUGGUCCUUCUUGUGUUUACUUUCAUAAACCAAACAUGUUUGGUUGAGUCAUAAUUCAUAUUUGUUGUUAGUGUCUCGUUGUACUUUUGCUCCCACCUUUACAGAAUACCAACCUCAGCAAACAACGGGUUCGGGACUGAGUCAUAGCAAAGCAAUGGUUUAAAUGACUUUUAUUUUAUUUGUUUGUUUUUAUUGUGAUGGAUUCUCCAUUCGAGUCAGACCCUUUGGAAAUGUCCAUGCUUACUAUUUUCAUGUUCGGCAAUCGAAAAUAAAUGUCAAUAAUAGGGAUGCAAGCAAUUAAUCGAUUAUCAAUUAAUUGUCGAUAAGAAAUUACUCGAUUAAAAUAAAUUAAUUGCAAUUAAUUGCGUUUUAAACAUGUAACUCCCCGCCAGUCCGCAUGGGGGCGCGCUUGACACCAGACGUACUUGACGCACAUGCGUGAUAACGAGAGAGGAAGGCUCCGACGACGACAACAACAGAGGAGAAAGAGUACGCAGAGGAUGAGGAGGACAAAACGGAGUGCAGUAUGGAGCCACUUCACGCUGGUCAAUGACAACGAUGCCAAAUGCACAAUAUGUGGAAGUAUUCUGAAGUACAACAAAUCUACAACUUCGUUGAACUACCACCUAAGUACGUCACAUUCAGCCGUGCUACAAACUGCGAGUGGCACUCAGCCUACAAUCGCCAUGGCAUUGGGAAGAAGGGUAUGUGACUCCACAAAAGCAGAGGGCAUUACCCAGCGAAUAUGUAACAUGGUUACUACAGACAUGCUGCCGAUAAAUGUCGUUGAAGGACAGGGAUUUCAAGAACUGAUAAAAUACGUUGAGCCAGGGUACAAUAUCCCUUCUAGAACAACUAUAACCACUCGCUUGGAAGCAAGUUACGCGAAGAAGAAGACCGAAUUGAGAACGCAACUUGCAACUGCGAAUGUGGCCCUCACGACAGACUGUUGGACUUCCUUGACUACGGAAAGCUACAUCACAGUGACAUGCCACUACAUUGAACCGGACUGGCGGGUAAAGUCAGCAGUCCUACUCACAGAGAGUAUAACGGUGAGGCAUACGGCAGACAAUUUAGCCGACAAGCUAAACCAGGCUGUGGAAACAUGGGGACUCACGGGGCGUGUAGUUGCAUGUGUGCACGACAAUGCACGGAAUAUCGUCUCAGCAAACAGUCCCACACGAGUCAACUGGCACUCAGUUCCAUGUUUCGCCCACACGCUGCAGUUGGCCAUUAACGACGGAUUCACCACCUACAUUAACCGAGUCAUUAUAGCUGCUAGCAGACUCGUGCAACACUUCAAUCAUAGUAGCCUAGCAAACAUAGCGCUCAAAGCUAAACAACAACAAAUGCAGCUGCCGUCUCAUAAACUCAUCCAAUCCUGCAAAACCAGGUGGAAUUCAGUCAGUGAAAUGUUUAACAGACCAACGGAGCAGAGGUGGGCCGUGUCUGCUGUACUGUCUGACCGCACAGUAACCAAACUCUCAGAUGCGAGGACGCUGGAAUUGAGAGAUGAAUACUGGCAGUUGAUGGAGGAUGUGGCGCCAGUGCUGGAAACGCUCAAGUGUGCAACGACCGUCAUGUCUGCUGAGACUGAGGUGUCCGUAUCAGACACGUAUCCCAUCACCUUCAGCCUGAUCAACGUGCAUCUCAAGACAGACGAGGAAGACACCAGCAAAGUGGGGGAAUUCAAAUCCAGAGUGUGCACUUCACUGAGUGAAAGGAUGAAGAUUGCUUCUGAUGACCUGAUGUCAACACCACCAAUGAUAGCAACCAUGCUGGAUCCUAGGCACAAGCACCUGGGAUUUCUGACCCCACCAAGGAGGGUUACAGCUCAUGCCAAACUGCUUGAAGUUCUGGCUGAGACUGAAGCAGAAGCCGAAUGCAAGAGCGCCACGUCAGCAGAUGCGAUUGGAGGCCAGCAGGAGUUGGUUGGGGGCCGGGCGGUGCCAGUCCAGGCAGCUGGACUUCAGAGACGCAGUGCGUAUGCUUUGCUCAUGGGUGAAAACUAUACCACCAGGAGCACCAAUGAUGUAGAAAAAGAGGUGGACAGCUUUCUGAAGGAUCCGCCACCACUCCUUGAUUCCAGUCCCACAACAUGGUGGAAAGUCAAUGAAGGAAGGUUUCCAAGGCUGGCAAACCUGGCACGAAAGUACUUGGCCAUACCAGGCACAUCAGUCCCUUCUGAGCGAGUAUUCUCAGCAGCUGGCCUAACUGUUAACAGGCUGCGCACCCGACUUACUCCUGACCAUGUGGAUUUGCUGAUAUUCUUGAACAAAAAUAGAUAAGUCUGUCUAUGCUAUGAGAAGCACUAGGGAUGUUUUGGUUGUUUGUUUUAUGAAGACUGUCAUCAGGGAGCCUAUAUUAAGUUAACUAGAGCUACAGUUUUGGUUUACCAAUGUAAUUGUGAUAUUGUCACAUUUCCCAGUUAAAAAGGGAUUAUAAAUACUGCUGAUGGUCCACAUCCGACACCUUAUUUGCUUAACAGAAU